GUCACAGUAAACAAACAUGGCAGACUUACUCAUCAAGAAACUGACAGCUGAGGAUUUUAACGCCGAAAGAUAUGUGCAGGACCUCAGCCAGAGCAGUGUUGGGGGGCUGGAGUUACAGCAGCAGAGGCAGAAGAUCCAGCACCUGGCCGAGGACACCAACGCCCAACUCAAGAAAAAUGUGUAUAUGAACUAUAUGCAGUUUAUUGACACAGCUAAGGAAAUAUCAUGUAAGGAGUUUGAUUUGUGGAUCUGAUUUUUUUUUUUUUUUUUAUUCUGUAUG